AUGAAGUCCUUGCUUCGUAUAGGAAAGUUCCCCUCCCGCACGCAACUUUGCAUCCGUCGAGUUCGCUCCAGGCCGCCCCUCCCUUCUUCAUUUGCAUGGACCAAGGACGAGUGUCCUAAAGGAAGCCACACCACCUUACUAACACUCGCCGUUCGCUUCCAGUCCUCAGAUCAGUUCCAUCGAUAUCUACACAACCCUCAUAUCGUUCAGCCCGACGGGGUUGACGGUCUACCGCGCACUAAAGGUGAACAACAGGCAUGGUUGAAUACCGAGCAGUGGGAUGGCUAUAGCCAGAGCUAUCUUGAGAGGCAUAUGCAGUAUGCCGGGACGCCGGAGCACCCAAACCCGCAGAUUAGCCACCGACAUGAUUUGCUCUAUCGAUGUCUUAAACUGGUGUAUGAGUUGUAUGGGACGCUGGCCGAGGACCUCCAGCAACUUCAUGAUGACCCACUUCAUCCCCAGUUCCAUCCCCGCAUCGCCCGUAUCAAAUCUGAGCGUGAAAAAAUCGCCAAGGCGCUAGACCACUGCUAUACGAGCCUGCAUCCUACGCUCAAAACUGUCUACGAUGCCUACCUCGUGCGCCGCUACUACCACCUGGCAGAUUGGAUCACGCACGUCGAGAGAAAACGCGCACAUAUUCUGGAGCGAUUGAGUCCCGAAUUCAUUCAACAAACUGCUAAAAUGCGUAGUCUUUCCCAGCAGCUCAUCAAGCGUCUUAAAUUAAUGGAAUCCAGCUUUAAUGCUAAUCCAACCCUUGGCCUCCUAUCAAGUAAUGAAUUAGACGAGUAUAGUGCGGACGAGUUAGCUGUCCUUCAGCAAAAGGCAUCAUACUUUCGAAAAAUGCGUAGAUUUGGUGCUAACCAGCUUGACUCUGAUAUCCAUACACACUGA